CGCUGACUGAACUCCCAAAAAUAUCAACAACGCGAUCCCAAAGACACUCACCCAGCAACACCCCACACAACUCCACCGAUGACGGAUGUAUUCUCGCUUCUCCCAGACAUCCAGCUCGAGGACUAUGACUUACUUAACCUUUUUUCCGAGUGCAAUUACCUUGCCGCAGAUUUAGCGGCGCUGUCGUCGUCAGUCGAUACCCUUGCGCGACGCACGCGCCGGAGCGAGGGCGAAGUGCGAGCGUUUAUGGACGCGUAUGAGCGCGAGUUGAAAAAGGGUGAUAUCGAUAAUGGACCGGUUGGGAUCUCAGAGUGUGCGGCUGUGAAUAUGAAGGGCGGUGAUACUGCGCAGAAAGAUUGUCUGCUGCGGUUCUUCACGACGGGAGAUGACCUGCUUGAUUCAGCGUUGUUCGGAGGCGUGGGAAUCGCGACCGGUUGCAUUACGGAGUUUGUAGGGGAAAGCAGCGUUGGGAAAUCUACGGUUUUGACACAGCUGUGCGUGUCUGUGCAGCUGCCAUUGGUCUAUGGUGGACUUGAUCGGGAAGCAGUCUAUAUCUCGACCGAAGGCGGUCUGUCGACUCAUCGACUCAACAUGCUCCUCGCGAGUUUUCGCACACGCUAUCCCGACGCGCGAAAGACUAUCAGUGCCGAUCGAAUACACUACGUCGCGUGCCGAGAUCUGGAAGAGCAGGACCAUAUUAUUCAGUACCAGUUACCGACAUUUGUCAGGAACCGCAAUAUUGGACUGAUAGUACUCGACAGCAUUGCGAGCCACUACCGCGCCGAGCAAGUAGGCUCCGGUCCGUCCGCGAUGUACACCCGAGGAAACGAGCUGCUAAAGACUGCGUCGAUGCUGCGACGGCUGGCGAAGGAGUGCAGGUGUGCGGUGGUGGUCGCGAAUCAGGUCACCGAUCUGUUUAGAGUGAAUCAGCUGAUGCAGGAUGCCAUUAACAGCGCGUCGGUCAUGACAUCCACCCCGCCUCCUCAAGCUUCGCAGUCCACUCAGGCUUGCACCCAAAAGUCGCAAUCACCUCCUAUCUCUGCAGAUCCCAACUCCUCUACCGCCAGCAUCCCCCCCGCCGCCAUCACAUCCGACCCACCCCUCUCGUUCGACGAACUCGAAGCCGAACUCUUCGCCUCGCGCAUGGAAGACGACGACCACGCCGUCGACUUUGACAUCAUGGAACUCGACCUGCAAUCCCGCUUCUAUACCGGCUGGAACUGGCUCUCCGACGCGCCGUCGACAAAGUCCAUUCUCGUGCGCGAAGGACAAGGAAAAACGACGGCGAUGGGUCAUGUUUGGAGUAUCUGCGUCGCGCAGCGGGUCGUGCUUAAGCGCGAGACGAGCGGGAUUGAAUAUGAUUUGGGUCGCGGGAGGAGGAGUAUGGAGGUCGUGUUUUCGCCGUAUUUCGAGAGUGGGAAUGUUGUCGAGUUUGAGAUUGAUAAUGAGGGCGUUAAGGGGGUUGCGGGGAGUGAUCUGAGUAGAGCGCAGUAGUCUCGAUCGUUUUUGGUUAUCAGCACAGAUUUACAUAAUCCUUAAUUACAGACCAUCUACGAAACAGAUUAUAAUAUGAGUCACAAUAAUAUUCAAAAUAAUACAAAACAGAC